AUGUGUCUCAACUGUUUAAAGACGACGAGCCGAAAGCAUCCAGAGCCGUCCAUCGUCAACGGCUCCAUUGGACCCCCGGGCUUCAAUCUGGAAGAGAAAGCCGACCUGGCGGUGGCCGGCUUCACCAUCACCUCGGAGAGAGAGAAGGUGAUCGACUUCUCCAAACCCUUCAUGACUUUGGGGAUCAGCAUCCUGUACCGGGUCCACCUGGGCCGGAGGCCGGGAUACUUCUCCUUCCUGGACCCCUUCUCCCCCGGAGUCUGGCUCUUCAUGCUCCUGGCCUACCUGGCUGUCAGCUGCAUCCUCUUUCUGGUGGCCAGAUUGACCCCUUACGAGUGGUACAACCCCCACCCGUGUCUCAAGGGCCGCUGCAACCUGCUCAUCAACCAGUACUCGCUCGGCAACAGCUUCUGGUUCCCCGUCGGAGGCUUCAUGCAGCAGGGCUCCACCAUCACCCCGAGAGCUCUGUCCACGCGCUGCGUCAGCGGAGUGUGGUGGGCCUUCACAUUAAUCAUCAUCUCCUCCUACACCGCCAACCUGGCCGCCUUCCUCACGGUGCAGAGGAUGGAGGUGCCCAUCGAGUCGGUGGACGACCUGGCGGACCAGACGGCGAUCGAGUACGGCACCAUGCACGGGGGGUCCACGAUGACCUUCUUCCAGAACUCUCGCUACCAGACGUACCAGCGCAUGUGGAACUUCAUGCACUCGAAGAUGCCCGGCGUGUUCGUGAAGAGCACGGAGGAGGGCAUCGCCCGCGUCCUCAACUCCAACUACGCCUACCUGCUGGAGAGCACCAUGAACGAGUACUACCGCCAGAGGGACUGCAACCUCACGCAGAUCGGAGGGCUGCUGGACACCAAGGGCUACGGCAUCGGCAUGCCGCUCGGGUCGGUGUACCGUGAUGAGUUUGACCUGGCCAUCCUCAAAAUGCAGGAGGACAAUCAUAUGGAGAUCCUCAAGAGGAAGUGGUGGGACGGCGGGAAGUGUCCGAAGGAGGAGGACCACCGCGCCAAAGGUCUGGGCAUGGAGAACAUCGGCGGUAUCUUCGUGGUGCUGGUGUGCGGCCUGCUGGUGGCCAUCGUCAUGGCGGUGCUGGAGUUCGUCUGGAUGUUGAGACAAACGCCGGGAAGCGAGCAGUCGGUGUGUGAGGAGAUGCUGCGUGAGCUCCACGGUAUCGUCCUCUGCCACGACAGCCUUCAGGUGCGGCGCCGGCGGACGGCCUCGGUCCUGCGGCCGCGGCCUCUCCCGCUGGAGGAGCGGCGGGCGCGAGCCGCCUCCGCCGCCGCCGCCGGCCUCGGCAACGGGAAGCUGUGUGGUGGCGCCGGACCGCCCGAGCCCCCCCUCUCCCACAGACUGGCGCAGGAGGCCGCCCUGGUCGCCAGGGGCUGCAGCCACAUCCGCAUCUGCCCCGAGUGCCGGCGCUUCCAGGGCCUGAGGCUCCGCCCCGGGGGCGUCGCCGGGGCGCCCUUCCCCUCCCCCGCACACAGCGAGGACAGCAUAGACUGGGACAAGGCCACGAACAGCAGCGAGCCGGAAUAACACACGCAGGACCGACGCGUCCCCGACGCCCCCGGCGCUCUACUUUCCAGGGGUCAAAGGUCACGUCGUAUUUUUAUUUGUUUUGAUUCGGCCAUUCGCAGCUUGAUCGUUCGGUGCUGUGAACUUUUUGUUUUUUUGCCCUCGAGGUUUUUUUUUCCGGUCUCCGUGGGCGGAUUCGUUUCCAUGGUUACAGGUAGGAACUGAUGAGUCUCGAGGCGGUCUGACGCUUCCGGGCCUCCGUACUACCCGUGACACGGGAUGAACACCAACAGCUGCGGGGCAUUUGUACUAUGCAGUGUGUUCAGUCAUUUAUCACGUUCUGUCCCCCCCCCCCUUUUUUUCAUUUUAUUCUUCCUGUUCCUCUGUUGGUACCACUACUGAAUAUUGUUAUUCUAUUGUUCUUAGAAAGAAAAAGAACUUUAAUUAAGUUCCUCUUUUUUUAUUUUACCUGACGAUUUACUGUAUGAACGUGUAUAUAUAUUACCUCUGAAGAGCUGCGAUGGGAGGUCAUCUUCAAAUGCUUUUAUUUUGAAAGUGCCACAAAAAAAAUAGAAUAUCGUGUGGGCUGAAGGAAGCGCCUCGAGAAGACGACGAACUCAACUGAGCCUCGAAAAAAACAAAUAAACGGAGACGUGCAGAAACCAGGACUUCUUUUAUAGUCGUGAUAUUAUA